AUGGAACAAAAGCAUAUAUUGUUGUCGGCAUUGGGAGUAGGGGUAGGGGUGGGCGUGGGGCUCGGGUUAGUUUCGGGUCAGACUGUUAGCAAAUGGACCGGUGGUGGUUCUGGUUUGCAAGCGGAGGGUAUCAACGCCGAACAAAUUAAACAGGAGCUUUUAAGAUUGGUUGUUGAUGGCAAAGAUAGCGAGGUCAACUUUGAUGACUUCCCUUAUUUUCUUAGUGAGCGUACACGGGUGUUAUUAACCAGCGCGGCAUAUGUUCAUCUAAAGCACUUAGAUGUUUCUAAGCACACUCGAAAUCUCUCUCCUGCUAGUCGGGCUAUAUUGCUCUCAGGGCCUGCUGAAUUUUAUCAGCAAACUCUUGCAAAGGCUCUGGCACAUCAUUUUGAAGCGAAGUUGUUACUGUUGGACAUAACUGACUUUUCACUUAAGAUGCAAAGCAAGUAUGGCAGAGCCAAAACAGAAACUUCUUUCCAGAGGUCUAUCUCAGAAGCGACGUUGGGAAGGAUGUCCAGUUUGAUUGGUUCCUUCUCUAUUCUUCCACCAAAAGACAGUAACGCAGGUGCAUUGUCAAGGAAAAGCAGUGAAUUGAGUUGUAAAGCAAGGAGUACGCAAGGAGUCAGUAAUUCUCUAAAGCAUCGAAAAAAUGCCUCUGUCUCUUCAGCUCUUUCCAGGUGCAUCAGCAGCUGGUCAUUUGAUGAAAAGGUUUUCUUACAGUCACUUUAUAAGGUGUUGGUUGCAGUCUCAGAAACCAGUUGCAUCAUUCUCUACAUCAGGGACGUUGAGAGACUUUUUCUUCAAUCCUUGAGACUAUACAAAUUGUUUGAUAGAAUGUUAAAGAAAUUAUCAGGAUCGGUACUGGUUCUUGGUUCUCGGAUGUUGGACUUUGAUGAUCAUUAUGCUGAAAUAGAUGAGAGACUUGGUCUUUUGUUUCCUUACAACAUUGAGAUUAGACCGCCUGAAGAUGAGACUCAUCUCAUCAGCUGGAAAGCCCAACUGGAAGAGGAUAUGAAGAAGAUUCAUCUUCAGGAUAACAAAAAUCAUAUUGCUGAGGUACUUGCGGCAAAUGAUCUCGAGUGUGAUGAUUUAGAAUCAAUCUGUCAUGUGGACACAAUGGUUCUCAGCAACUGUAUAGAGGAAAUUGUGGUUUCAGCUAUAUCAUAUCAUUUGAUGAAUAACAAAGAUCUGGUGUAUCGUAAUGGAAAGCUCGUUAUAUCAUCCAACAGUUUGUCGCAUGGAUUAAGUAUAUUUCAAGAGGGAAAAACUGGUGGAAAAGAUACCCUGAAACUGGAGGCUAAUGUUGGAUCUUCCAAGGAUAUACAAGGGGAACACAAUGUGGGACUAAAACCUGAUUCAAAGUCUGACAACCCAACAACUGAAAGCAAAACUGAGGCGGAAAAAUCAAUUUCUUCAGCAAAUAAGGAUGGAGAAAAUUCAUCAGUAUCAAAAGCCCCAGAAGUUCCUCCUGACAAUGAAUUUGAAAAGCGCAUAAGGUCAGAGGUUAUUCCUGCAAAUGAGAUUGGAGUUACAUUUGCUGAUGUUGGUUCCUUGGAUGAUAUUAAAGAAUCACUUCAGGAGCUGGUCAUGCUUCCUCUUAGAAGACCAGACCUCUUCAAUGGCGGGCUUCUUAAGCCAUGCAAAGGCAUAUUACUCUUUGGUCCUCCAGGUACUGGAAAAACAAUGCUUGCAAAGGCCAUUGCCAAUGAGGCUGGAGCAAGCUUUAUAAAUGUCUCAAUGUCAACAAUUACUUCAAAAUGGUUUGGGGAAGAUGAAAAGAAUGUCCGAGCUCUUUUCACCCUUGCGGCAAAGGUUGCUCCAACUAUCAUUUUUGUGGACGAGGUUGAUAGCAUGCUAGGACGGCGGACAAAAGCAGGAGAGCAUGAGGCAAUGCGGAAAAUUAAGAACGAGUUCAUGACACAUUGGGAUGGGCUAUUGACGAAACCUGGGGUGCGCAUUCUUGUUCUUGCGGCAACAAAUAGGCCUUUUGACCUUGACGAAGCAAUCAUUAGGCGGUUUGAACGCAGAGUUAUGGUCGGUCUACCUUCUGCAGAGAGCAGAGAAAUGAUCUUGAGAACUCUUCUGUCUAAAGAAAAAAUCGAAGGCUUAGAUUUCAAGGAGAUUGCAACCAUGACUGAAGGAUAUACUGGAAGCGAUCUCAAGAAUUUGUGUGUAACAGCGGCUUAUCGACCAGUUAGAGAGCUGAUACAACAAGAAAGACAGAAGGAUAUGGAAAAGAAGCAGAAAGAUGAAGGAGGGCAAAGUUCCCAAGAUGAUACAGCUUCAAAAGAAGAAACUAAAGAGGAAAGGGUAAUUACUCUUAGGCCCUUGAACAUGGAAGACGUGAGGCAGGCAAAGAAUCAGGUUUCUGCCAGUUUUGCUUCUGAGGGAUCUGUAAUGAAUGAAUUAGAGCAAUGGAACAAUCUAUAUGGAGAAGGAGGUUCAAGAAAGAAAAAGCAGUUGUCGUACUUCCUUUAG